AUGAGAUGGGUGAAUAACAAACGCCCCGUGCAAGAGCAGGGAGGCGUUGAGCACCUGCGGGCCGUCGGGGGUAGCGGGAGGCAGGCCUUGCGCCACGGGCCCAAUCGAAGGAGCAAGCCCCGGGAGGCAGGCCUUUGCCACGGAACUGUCGGGGGCAAGCCCCAGGAGGCCAGACCUUGCCACGGGCCGUCGGGGAGCAAGCCCCGGGAGGCCCAGGAGCCUUGCCACGGGCCCGACGGGGAGCAAGCGGGAGGCAGGCGCCGCCACGGGCCAAUCGAAGGGAGCAAGCCCGGGAGGCAGGAGCCUUUGCCACGGGCUGUCGGGAGGCAAGCCCAGGAGGCAGCCUUUGCCACGGGCCGUCGGGGGCAAGCGGGAGGCAGGCCUUUGCCGCGGGCUCGUCGGUGGCAAGCUGGGAGGCAGGCAGCGCCACGGGCCCGGUCGGGGGCAAGCCCAGGAGGCAGGCCUUUGCCCGCGGGCCGUCGGGGGCAAGCCCAGGAGGCAGGCCUUGCCACGGGCCGUCGGGGAGCGGGAGGCAGGCCUUUGCCGCCACGGGCUGUCGGGAGCAGCCCCGGGAGGCCACGCCACGGGCCGUCGGGGGCAAGCCCCGGGAGGCAGGCAGCCGCCACGGGCUCGUCGGGGGCAAGCCCAGGAGGCAGGCCUUUGCCACGGGCCCGUCGGGGGCAAGCGGGAGGCAGGGCCUUGCCACGGGCCCGUCGGGAGCAAGCCCAGGAGGCAGGCCUUUGCCACGCGGGCUGUCGGGGAGCAAGCUGGGAGGCAGGGCACUGCCACGGGCAAUCGAGGGGAGCAAGCGGGAGGCAGGCCUUGCCACGGGCUGUCGAGGGCAAGCCCAGGAGGCAGGCCUUUGCCCACGGGCCGUCGGGGAGCAAGCCCAGGAGGCAGGCCUUUGCCACGGGCCGUCGGGGGCAAGCGGGAGGCAGGCCUUUGCCACGGGCCAGUCGAGGGGCAAGCGGGAGGCAGGAGGCAGCGCCACGGGCUGUCAGAGAAGGGGCAAGGAGGGAGGCAGGCCAACCCAGGCCCGUCGGGGCGGGAGGAGAGGGAGGCCUUUGCCACGGGCCGUCGGGGGGUCGGGGCCAAGCGGGAGCCCAGGCAACGCCACGGGCUGUCGGGGAGCAAGCCCAGGCCAGGCAACGCCACGGGCCGUCGGGGGCAAGCCCAGGAGGCAGGCCUUUGCCACGGGCCGUCGGGAGCAAGCCCAGGAGGCAGGCAGCGCCACGGGCUGUCGGGGGCAAGCCCAGGAGGCAGCAGCUUUGCCACGGGCUGUUUUGGACUUGGGAAAGGGAUGGUGCUCGGCACUUGACCUUUAAUGUUUCAAGACUUGCUUUGAAAGUGAUGGGGGCAUCCUCGGAAGGGGCCUCCUCGGGAGUAAGGGGCGUCGGAACCUCGUGGGGCGAGAGAGGAGAUGAGCGGAGGAUGGGGAGGGGCGAAUCGGGCGACAAAGGGCUGAAUCUCGGUGGAUCGUGGCGGCAAGGCCACUCUGCCACUACAAUACCCGUCGCGUAUUUAAGUAAAUGCGCAAAGAUUACGCGGCGCCCGGUGGGAAUAGUACUUCAAAGCGGCCAGCGGCUCGUCGCCGCGAGGGCAACCAGCGGCACGCGUGCCUCACAGGCGGAGGGCCUCUGCGAGUAA